ACGGUAGCCGCACAACCUCACGAUGCCGCAAAGUUUCUUGGCCUCUAAAGAAUUGGAGAACGAAUUGCUCAUGACGUCAAUGUCAUUGACUGCGGUCGGUAUCUGGAGUACUUUUAUAAUCCAGCGGUCAGCUUCCUUCUCAGCGGAUCUUUCGUAGUCAAUCAUCAACUUGACCAAACCUCAAGUAUCUAUCACAUAUCGAACCCGACAUAUACCACAGCUUUCUUCUUUAAAGAACAUACUAUCCAAAAUGCCUCGCCAGGGAGAAGGUCAUAUUGCAGACAAUGCCGUUGAGAACGGCCAAGACAUCAUUCACGGCGCUGGUGAAGUCAAGGACUCACAUGUCGCUCGUGCAGACAAGACUGCGCCCAUGCCUGAGCAUGAGAAGGGUGCCGGUAUCCAGGGCCUGAACGCCAGUGGCGGUCAAAGCCAAGGGCUCGCGAAGGGGGACAAUGUCGGCCAGGGAGGUCGUUCUUCUUGAUCUCUUGGAAAUUGUGUACACGACCAGUAUUUGGGGUGAAGUUCGAUUGGGGGCGGAUACGAAUUACAGUGGAUAUCGGCAGCGGUUGAAUUUACUCUUUACCCUGCGUCCAUGCCCUUGAUCACUGCUGGUAUUCUUCCAAACUUCAUUCCACCGGAGGGACUUCGCGAAAUACAAUCAGAUCAUACCGGAUCAUGAUAGAAUUCAUUCACAAUGAACGCCGUCGAUGCCUCAUCGACUUACCAUUUCACCGUCUGGGGUUCCCUGCCCCC